GCUUGGGUACUUGACUCGAAAAAUUUGCUAAAUUGAUCAUUGUGGAUCAAUAUCCGGGUCAGGUGGGUGAUUGAGUUUUCUUUAAAUGGCUAGAACCCAAUUGGGUACUUAAAUCAAACCAGUGCUCAAAAACUUGCCAAAUUGACUUGAGCUGGUCAGUAGUCGAGUCAACCGAUCAAAUACUCGACCUAGUUUCAAGUUGGCUUGGACUCAGGGUCCAUUGAUCUGAGUCUGAGUCGAGUGUCGUGUUUUUAAACCUUGCAUUGGACGGAACCAUGCCGCAGACAUUCUUAUUUGGCCAUUGUUUGUAGUAGAUUAUGGAAAAAACUUGCAAUAUUCACCAACUUAAGCAAGACUUUUGCUCAAUCCUCUACCUAUCAUCUCCAUCGUGCAUAUGGUCCACUUUUAGGGUGAUCAGAACCAUAGUCUGGUGGACAACCAUGCCAAUUGAACAAACCCAUCUGUCCAAUCUGUCCACAUUUUACCUGUUGUAAUAGGAUGCUCAUAUUUCUGGUACACUUUCCUCAACCUUCCAUCUGUGGGCCACUGAUUCAAACUAAGAUAGUUCAAUUGCCAUUGAUUUUGGGCUAUGGUUUAUAUAUUUGUGGCAGAAAUGGAAGUGAGGGAGAGCAAAAUGCUUGGUUUAGGAUGGCAACUUGCUUUUUCAUGAGUUGUAGCACAAAGUUCACUGCGUUGAGCCAUUAGAUCAGUUGGCGGUGUUCUCUGUCGCAACCUUGAACUCACAGGUUGUAUCCCUGCUUAUUUUCCAAUAAGGAAAACCACAUGAUUUCUGCAGUUUCAGCCUUGGAGACUGGAAGAGGGACAUAUGCCUCCAUCAAAGGGAAGUGUGAAUGAAUCAGUAGCAACAACAGGAUCUGGAAUUGGAAGUGAUCAUGGCCAAUCCUUAUCUAAGAAAGGAAAGGCUAAUCCGCGCGAUGUACCCAUUGAAGAACAUUUUCAUUUUCCUGUAGUAGAAAAAAAGCAGUCUUCUUUGAGAAAGUUAAGCUUCAAAUCUAUGAGGAACUCACUGAAGAAGUUUGGAAGAAGUAAGGCAAUGCAAAAGAUUUAUGGAGGCCCCCACAACCCAAGAGAUGAACAGAUGGUUCAGGAUUUCCGCAAUUUGCUUUUAAAAGAAGGUCAACUUCCUGAGAAACAUGAUGAUUAUCAUACCCUUCUACGUUUUCUUCGAAUGAGGGCUUUCGACAUGCAAAAAGCAAAGGAUAUGUAUUUAAAGAUGCUGAAGUGGCGUAGUGACUUCAACAUUGAUACAAUUGAUAAGGAUUUUAUUUUUGAUGAGUAUGCAGAUGUUAAGAAAUUCUAUCCACAUGGAUUUCAUGAAGUUGAUAGAUAUGGUAGGCCAUUAUACAUUGAAAGGCUGGGGCUGCUAGAUCUCAAUUCGCUGCUGACUGUAACAACAAUUGAACGUUUCCUGAAAUAUCACAUCAUCGAGCAAGAGAAAACAUUAUACUCAAGAUAUCCUGCAUGUUCAGUUGCUGUGAAGAAGCAUAUAGCAUCCACCACAGCUAUCCUGGAUGUGAAGGGAUUGGGUAGAAACAACUUCUCAAAGCCUGCUAGAGAUCUUUUCAUGGAAAUUCAAAAGAUCGAUUCCAACUACUACCCUGAGACACUACAUCAAUUAUUUAUUGUCAAUGCCGGAUCUGGAUUUAGGGCCUUGUGGCAAGUGCUAAAAGCUUUUCUGGAGCCACGGACAGUAGCUAAGAUCCAUGUGUUGGGAAGCACAUAUCAAAGCGAACUGGUCAAAGCUAUUGAUCCAAGAAACUUGCCAAAUUUUCUUGGUGGAACUUGCACAUGUUCCGAAUACGGAGGUUGCCUUUUGAAAGACAGAGGACCCUGGACUAAUACAGAAAUAUUAGACCUUUUGCAGGCGGUUGUUGAUAAAGAACCGACCUUAGGCAUUGAAGAAACUAGUAAUAUGGCUUUUGAUGAAGCUUUGGAAGACUUUGACAGGGAACAGAAAUUUGGGGGUGAUGCAACCAGUAGUAUGGUGCCUGAUAGUGGUGAUGCAUAUAGUCCUGCACGCCAGACGUGGGAUAAAGAGCAUGGAGGCUUAGAGCAACAUGCACAAACAGAUUAUGUUACCAAUAUUUUACCUCAUAAAGUUCUAGCAUUGGAAGUUGGAUACAAAGAAAUGAAGGCAAUCUUGCAAAGACUUCUUGUGAAACAGGAAGACCUUGUGAGGCAAAUACAACAGCUGAAGGAACUUGCUUUCCCGGUACAUGCAUCUUGUGCUAUAUUGAUUCAUGAGAAAUGCUAAGGAGAUUCCCGUUAAGGUAGAUUGAAGAGGAGAUUCACGGUUCACACGUCAACUUGGAACAUGCAUGAAUGAUCUGAGCCAUUCGUUGGGUGGGUCCAAUCAUGAACAUGUCUUGAUGCAAAUCAUGCUGUUCCUCUUAUCAGGUGAGGCACACAUGUGACGAUACACAAGUGGACAUUAGAAAAAAAGAUCAACGGUCUAUAUUCAAGUGCACGUGUGGUGGACCAGCACAACUCUUGGGCCAUGGUAUGGUCACAUGGGGCCCACCUGCUGACUGGAUCUCCUGUCAAUCUGCUUUUGGUGAUCUCCUCAAUGUUUGUCUUGAUUACUUGAUGCAUAUCUGAAAACUUCUUAUCUAAUUUACCAAGUUCUGAUAAUUUCAUCACAGAGGUGAACUCAUCUUUUCAGAUGACAGAGCAAUUUAUGGAGGUUAAAGUGCAAUACAGGGAUUCCAUCGUUUGGCAGACAUGAACUGGGUGAAGCAUUUUUCUUGUAGCUUGGAUUGGAGUCUUUUACUGAUAGUAAAUUGUUCUAGAUUCAACUCAUAUAAAGUAUCGUUUUCAAUUUCAGCCAAAAAUGUGUUGUUUGUGGCUUUGUGUGUCCAUAUCCACAAUGUACCGAAUUGAAUUCUAAAUUGUGGGAGUAAUUUAGUCCAGAAAAUGCAGAGUAUGAUGCAAUAAAGUUAUUUUUUCUUGGGUAAUAAGACAUCUCGCAAGUCCUGAUGCAUUGAUCCCUUUGCCUUUUUUCUCUCUUCAAAUCCCAAUGAAUGGAGUUCGUCUUGGCCAUGAAUAUAGGGACUGAUGACUUGUCCAAGUCAACUCGGAAUUGGUCGAGUCCAAUCCAGUUCAACACCAAGAAUGAUCAUUGAAAAUAUGGGGUGACUCAGCCCAGUUUGGCAGAGUCAUGACUCAGCACGGGACCAAACAAGUCAGUCCGUGUCCCUGAAUCUUAAAACCUUGCAUGAACCUGAAACAUCUAUGAACUAGGCCCAUCUAAUGGUUUCUUUGAUUUUCAACAAUGCCGACCCCAUUAAUUGGGAUGAGGCUUGGAUGAUGAUGAUGAUGAUUUUCAAAAAUGGAAACACCAGAUGGCAUGCAAAAUACAAGACCAUUGAAUGGUCGAGUUUCUAC